GAAAAUGAGACGGUCUCAAAAAAAUACGCGAUUUAAGUCUCCUGUGCUGAUCUUCAAGGAACGACAGAGCCAGAAAACUCCCAAAAUCCAUGGAAAAUCAACACAAAGCUGCCUGGAUGAAGACAAUUCCAUAUUUGGUCUUAUUGACAUCCAAACGACACCAAAAAUUGACAAACUCUCGUCAACUCCCGUGUCAUCCGCAAAAAAGAACCACAGCUUGAACGACGCCUUAAGCGAAUCCAGUUUAAAUAUUUUUGACUCACCUUUCGCUCCAAAUGCCGGCAAAAAAAGGUCGUUAGAUGAAGUUGUUACGCCUGGAUUCCAAUCCGGACAAGAGAUACGAAGCUCCAAAAAGCUCUUGACCAAAACUCCCAUCGCAAGUAGCUCGCCUGCGGUUCCUGUGAUACGAAAUUCAUUUCGCCAAAAACUCGAAGAGACUGAAACUCCCGCAAAAAGUGAUUUUCUCCCUGACAUCAGCACGGAUUUCAUUAAUUUUGAAGGCAAUGAAACGUCGAUUUUCACACAAAAAAUCAUUUCUCGUCUGAAAUCGAACGAGUCAAUGCACGAGGUUCAGUACAGCCAGAAGACGGGAGCUCAUUAUGUGCAACGACAACGCGGAAUGGUCGUCAUAAACGAAGAAAAUGUGAUAGAAGACGACAUCUCGCUGUGUCAAAAUUCACAAAUUUACACGUCGCAAUUCCAUCGGGAUCUCGAAAAAGUAUUUGAGGAUUGUGAAAAGUCAAUUUUGCAGAAUAAAGAUGAGUCUUCUGAGGCAGUGAAAGGCAUAAGUCGCAUCGAUUGGGAUGAAGAUGUCUUUGGAGAGGAAGUUUCCGUUGCUCCAAAUUGUGUAGCUCCAAAGACGCCGCAAUUGAAACCAAUUUCAUCGGCAACUUUUAGCUCGAUGGGACCUUUUUUCGGUUUGCCGAUGAAAGUUAAGAAUUUAAUAAAGGAAUUCAAGGGAAUUGAUGAUUUGUAUGAUUGGCAAAAAGAAUGUCUCCAACUGCGAAGCGUCCUCCAACGAAGCAACUUAAUUUACGCCCUUCCAACGAGCGGCGGCAAAACUUUAGUCGCAGAAAUCCUCAUGUUACGCGAAAUCAAAUGUCGCAACAAAAACGUUCUCUUCAUCCUCCCCUACGUCUCAAUUGUGCAAGAAAAAGUCAUGGCUCUGUCCCCAUUUGCGGUUCAUCUCGAUUUUCUCGUUGAGGAAUACGCUGCUGGCAAAGGAAAUUGUCCCCCAAAACGACGUCGUACUAAACGCUCAAUUUUCAUCGCAACAAUCGAAAAAGGCUUGGCUCUGCUCGACUCGCUAAUUGCUGAAAAUCGCAUCAGCGAAAUUGGAUUAAUUGUCGUCGAUGAGUUGCAUUUAUUGGGAGAGACAGGCCGAGGAGGAACUCUUGAAAUUUUGCUGACAAAAGCGAUGCUCGUCGAUAAAAAUGUGCAAAUUGUCGGAAUGAGUGCCACAAUCGGAAAUAUCAAUGAAGUUGCGGAAUUUUUAAAUGCUGAUGUCUAUACUCGAGACUUUCGCCCGGUUGAGUUGAAGGAAUUUGUGAAAAUCGGCAGUGAAAUUGUCGGAAUUAAUCCCAUGGCAGCAGUUAUUGAUGAAGCGUUUUUUCCUGCGAGGACUGUGGAUUACGGUUACAGCUCUGAAGCGAAUAAAAUGGACCCGGAUCACAUUGCCGGGUUAGUUCAGGAGACAAUUCCCGAUGAAUCUUGCUUAAUUUUUUGUGCAACAAAGGCAAAUUGUGAAAAUGUUGCGUUGCUCCUUUGUAAAAUGUUGACGACAGACAUAAACUUUCAUCGACAUGACGAAAAAAUGGAAUUAUUAAAGCAAAUUGAAGCUGAUGUCGGUACAAUUUGUCCAAUUUUGCGACAAACAAUCCCUUAUGGAGUCGCAUAUCAUCAUUCAGGUCUCACAUCUGACGAAAGAAAACACAUCGAAGACGCUUUUCGGAUCGGAAUUUUGUGUGUAAUUUGUUGUACGUCAACUUUAGCAGCGGGAGUGAAUUUGCCAGCAAAGAGAGUCAUCCUCAGAUCGCCUUAUGUGGGUCGAAAUUUCCUAACUUUGAGCAAAUAUAAGCAAAUGUCGGGCAGAGCGGGGCGUUCGGGACACACAGAUUCCGGAGAAAGUAUUUUAAUUUGCGCCCAAAAGGAUUUACAAAGCGUUAAAGAGCUUCUUUUCUCUCCCAUGGACGAAGCAAAGAGCAGUUUAGCGAUCGACGAGACUUUUGGCUUGCAAUCCUUCGUUUUGAGUGCCAUAGAGCUCGGUUUGGCAAACACUCGGGACGAUUUGCAAAAAAUUGCGACAAAAACGUUGCUUUUUCUGCAAGCAACGCGCUUGAAUAUCAAUGUCAAACAAAAAAUCGACAAAAUUAUCGCCGAUUUGUACAAAACGAACGCCAUUAAAUUAAAAUCCGAGCAAAAUGGGUCGUAUAUUAUCCAAAGAAAUUGCAGUGUGAUCGUUGAAACGACGCAAAAUCCCUUUAACGACACAAAAAUUGCUAAAUCGACAUCGCGGUGCAUCAAAGGAAAAGCUCCGUUGGAAGUUAGUGUUCAGGGAAAGGCUGCCAUCAAAGCUUGCAUCACUCUGGAAAAGGCAAAUAUCCUUUUUGCUGAUCUAAAAAAGGCCUCAAAACAUUUAGUCAUGAAUUAUUUGCAUCUUUUGUACCUGGCAACGCCUUAUGACACGGCAAACCAAACAAAUCCCGAUCCAAAUGCUUAUUACGAGGCUUUUAAUAAGCUAAAUAACGACGAACGCGAAACCGCCAAAGUAAUUGGCUUGACAGAAGCGAGGGCGCGUCAAAUUUUGCAGCGAAAAUCGUUUGAUGCGGAAACGCAGCGCACUCUAAAUCGGUUUUUCAUCACUUUAGUGCUCUAUGAUUUGUGGAACGGGAAAAGUGUGCAUCAAACGCAUCUCAAAUACAAAUUGGGACGAGGAUUGGUGCAAAGUCUCAUGCAAAAUGCCGCUACUCAGGCUUCGAGUGUGUUGAGGUUUUGCGAGGAAAUUGAGGAAUUUUGGCAUUUUAAGCAGUUGUUUGACGUUUUGGCGAAACGCAUUGGAUAUUGUUGCUCGGCAGAAUUAUUGCCAUUGAUGGAGUUGCCAUCAGUGAAAAUUGGGAGGGCGAAACAAAUGUUUAAUGCGGGUUACAAGACGAUCGAACAUGUUGCCUCUGCGGUGCCUAAUGAGCUUGUACAGAAUAUUGAACAUAUGAGUUUUAAACUUGCGAAGCAGUUGGUUGCGGCGGCGAAGGCAGUCUUAUUGGAAAAAGUCGAAAACCUGCGAGGCGAAAUGCAAGAAGUGAUGGAAAAUCUAAAAUAAAAAUAAAAUUUCUUGUUAACUAGUUUUUAAUUUAUGACAAUGACCUCUUUUAUUAAAAAUAAAU